AUUUGAUGUGCAUUCUUUCCAGUUGGUUGGACGAAAUCAAUCACACUCGUUAGUCUAUUCAUAAGAGAGAGGAGACAACCUCACACAUAAGGAGCAGCUCGUUUACCCACUAGUUUUCUGCAGUCUGAUGAAAUGGGGAUCGAAGGGAAAGCCUACCUCUUGCUUGGUAUAAUCGCUUUUAGCCUCUGUCAAGCUAGCGCUACCAAGUGUUACGAUUGUGAUAACUGCCCCGUCGAAUGGGAUCCCAAGGGCGUAACAAUCAAGGAAGAUUGCCGUCAAUGCAUGCGCACUCUGUCCUACUUUGACGGCAAGGUUGUCUUUGCAACAAGGAAAUGUGCACCCGUUUGUGUAGAAAAGGAUAGUGUGGUUCUUGGGCAACGUGCGGUCGUUACGUGUUGCAAUGAAGAUUUGUGUAAUACGGGUAGCCGAUCAAAAACUGCUGUUAUCAUUAUACCGGCGACGAUGUCAAGUGUUCUGCUCGCAUUGCUUACUUAACAUACCGGUUAUCAAACAUCCACUAUGGCCCGAGAACCAGAUGGAUGUCAUUAUGUUAAAAGGAAUUCACUCACGCUGGCUGUCAACUUAUGACCAUAGUAAAAUGACUGCUAUUUUAUCCUGUUAAAUACACACUAGAAUUAAUUUUUAGUAAAUAUCGCCUUUGAACAUCUUGAAUAAAAUAUCAUCUCAUGUUCAUAUUAUUCAUAAAUACACAUAUAUAUUUGCAA